AUGGAGAAUUGGGUGACUAAAUUUUUUUCAAAUGAACCAUUGGCUUUUUGUAGCUUAAGUAAAUUAAUUAAUGGAUCAUUCUUACUGAUGCAGUUACUACGUGAAACUACUUUUAGUAAUCAAGUUACAGGAAGUGAAAAUAUAAAAAUUUACCAUCAAGAUAACCACAAAUCAAUUAGAGUAAAUUCAGGAUCAGAUAGUUAUUUUAAAGGUUUAAAAGAAGCAAUUUUGGAUAUUGGGGCAACUUUUUCAUUUUUUAUAUCAAUUGUUACAGUAAUUAGAAUACCAUCAAUGAUAUUAUCAGUUGCCUAUAGAGAUGAAUUAUCAACAAGCCACAAGAAAAUUAGAACCAAUUUAUAUAGACACUUAAUAUUAAUACCAUUUGAUUUAUUUGGUUUAAUUAGUUACCUUUUCGUUUUAAUAACAAUCCUUAGAAUAAAACCAUUACACGAAAAAAUUAGAUUGAAUCAUAGCUCAAUUACAAAUAAAUUAUUUAGUAUUGGACUUAGACUCUUAAUUAUUAGAAAUUUAAUUAUUGUAGUAUUAGAGUUCUUCGUAAUGUUAUUAUGUAUUAUAUUUAUAAUUUCACCAUGGAGAAUCAAACCAGCAGUUCAAAAAGCAAGGGCAGCAAAAAAACAGGUUGAAAUCUUUGGGGAGAUUUUUUCUCAACAAAUGAAUGGUUUGGUCGAUGUUGCAGUAAUAUUUAUAUCAUUGCCAUUAUUAAUCUCAUUUUAUAGACUACCAUACGCAAUAAGAAGAACUUUUGAAGAUGAUAGAGCCAGUGAAAGAAGAAAAGAACUUUUACUCCAAACUCUUUUUGUUUUUGUAGACAUCUUUAUAAUUUUCUUUUCAAUUAUAAUUAUCCUCACAAUUUAUAGGUUACCAAGAACAGUUAGAAAGAUCUUUGCAAGACCAGGUCGUUACUAUGAAUAUAUCUUUUUCCAAUUUAUAAAGAUUUUUAGAGAUAUUCCAUUCUUAUUUAUGGGUCUUUUCGUUACCAUUGCAGUUUGGAGAGCACCAUUCAUGUUAGCUCAAGUAUUUAAAGAACCAGAAUGGUAUAAACGUAGACGUAUUGUAUCAAGACACUUCGUAUGGGUAUUUAUCGAUAUUUUAGAUAUUCCAUUCAUCAUCAGCAGUCUUAUUAUUUUAGUUACUCUCUGGAGAGCUUAUGCAUUUGUUUGUGGUUUCAUUGUAUUAGACUCAAGAAAGAAACAAAGAAUAUUCGCUAUAAAGCAAAUUUUUUAUUGGUUAAUGGAUAUACCAACCUUUAUAGCUUUACUUUUUAUUACCAUUACCGUUUAUCGUUUACCAAAAACAUAUAGACAAUUAAGACUCUAUUUCAAACAUGCUGAUUAUUCCAAAGAUUCUUCAUCUAUUAACAAUUCCGAUAAAGUAGUCAUUCAAAGAUCAACCGUUGUAGCACCAAUACCAGCAAUUUAUGAUGAGGAUAAUCCACCACCAUCAAAUGACUUUAGCGAUGAUAAUCCAGCUCCAAGUAUUUCUGCAGUAGCCAAUAACAAUCCAGAAGCAGACGAAAUUAAAGAAUUCUCAUCAUGGCGUCAAAUAGUUCUCAAACAAUUACUAUUAUGUAUCAUCGAUAUUCCAUUCCCAAUUCUCACCCUCUUAACACUUUGGAGAUUACCUGUCAUGAUCCAAAGAUUUAAAGAAAUAGAUGACCCAAUUAGAAAGGACACUUUACGUAGAUUAUUAAUCCUUAGAUAUGUUAUGUUAACCCUAUUAGAUAUUGUCUGUAUUGUUCCUGCACUAUUCAUCAUUGUUACAAUUUGGAGAAUCCCAUCAUUUGUCAAAUUAAUCAAAUCUUAUCAACGUGGUGAUAAUGAACAUAAAAUGUUUGGUUUAUUAUUCUGGAAUACUUUAGUUGAUAUACCAUUUGUAGUCAUGGGUAUAUUAACAUUGCCAGUACCAUGGAGAGGUGUCUUUUUAAUUAAAACUCUAUUCACAGAUAAAGAAAAUGUUAAAAGUGAUAAAGAUGCAAGAUUAAUGGCUGCUAAAUACUUGGGUUGUACAUUACUUGACUGCAUAACCUUUGUAUUUCUUCUUUUCAUAGGUGUAACAAUGUGGAGAAUUAAAUCAUUAUUUAGUUUCUACAAGAAGGAAAUUGUAAUAGAAAGAGUAAACAAGAAAUUUAAAACUACUCUUACGUUAUUCUACUGCAGUUGCAUGAUUGCAGUUGUUAUCUUUAUUGAUAUCUUCAAGACAUUCCAAGUUUUAGUAACCAUUUUAUUCAUCAAGCAAGCAAGACCAUUGUAUAGAGCAAUCCAAAAGAAAAAAGAAGAUAAACCAGACUAUACCUUAGAAGAUUUCCUCCCUAUUAUCAGCUACUAUUUCCUUGUUACUCUUAUGGAUAUUCCUCAUGUAUUUUUAAUUCCAAUCAAACUCUUAGGUUUCCUUUUCCUUCCAAUUCAUAUGUAUUUAAAGAAACGUUCAACACAAGAAAAUUCAAAUCCAACAUUAUCAUUCUUAAACUAUCCACUUUACUUCUUAAACGAAACCUCUAUUGAUCUCAUGAACUACUAUGGUUUAGAUAAAUUCUUUGUUAUCAAUUUUUUAGGCUUAUUUAUAGUGGCCAUUAACGAAUUAGCUUUAAUUAUAGUUGUUUUCAAUUCUAUUUACAUGUUUAUUGUAACACUUGGUUCUCCAUUGUGGGCUGAAACAAGAAAGAAAUACGGUUGGAAUUAUUUAGGUAAAGCUCAAGGUCCAAUGGUAGUUUUAGAAUAUAUCACUGUAGUUUUACAAGCCCUUUUAUUCCCAAUUUUUAUUCUCAUGCAAAUCGCAAUUCUAUUAUUACCAUUACUUUUAGCACUUGGACUCUAUCCAUCACCAAAUUUAGGUUUUGUUGAAUUUUGGCAAGAUUUUUUCACCCAACGUGACUUUUGGAAUGAAGCUAAAUCCUUUUCAUCAGGAAUUUGGAUAGCUCAAGCAUGUUGGUUUUUCAUCUGUGUAGCAUCAUGGGAAAUAACAUUUAAAGUUGGCAAGAAGUACUUUACCAUUUUUUCACCAUGGAAAGCAUAUUAUUGGUUAGUAAAGAAAGUAUUCCAUGGCAAACUCUGGUAUUGCUACACUCUAAUUCUCAUUACUGGUACUAGAGUAUGCUACAGACUUAGAAGAGCAUGUCUUAUUGGUGAAAUUCUUAUGUUCCCAUUAUUUAUCAUUUGGACUUGUUGGCCAUUCAUCAUUCCAAUCGCAACCAAGAUUUACUAUAUAUUUAUUGGAUCUGGUAUUGUAACAUUAGGUUUAAUUAUUUUAGCAUACAGAAUUAUCAAAGAAAAUUGGACUGAUAACAGAAAAACCCAAAACCUAAAACCAAUUAUCAACCUUUCAACAGUUUCAUGUGAAUUACCAGAGUCAGGUGGUCUUGUAUUUACAUUCAAAGGAAGAAGAGCUAGUUUUGAAACACCAAAAAUUGUCGAUGCUCGUUUAUCAAUGGAAAGUGAAAAGCUUUGGGAAACAAUUGGCAAGGUUAUUGGUAGCACUAAAGUUAGAGCAGCUCUCAUGGUCGUUGGUUAUCCAAUUUCACUUUGUCCCUCUUUCUUAAAUGUUCCAGAUGUUAAUGAAAUUCUUUCCUACCAUCAAGCUGGAUCAUUCCAAGUCAAAAUUGGUAUUGAAGGUUCCAAACCAGUUAUAAAGAAAAAAGUUUUAACUAAAAUAUUAAAUCAAAUUAGAGAAGUUGACGACUCACCAUUUGACUUUGUAAUUGAAUAUGGUAAAAAAGAUUUCGGUUGGCAAAAACAUGGUAUUUUAAUAAAAUUCAGUACCACAAUUCAAAAUCUUUUAGAAAAUACAGUAACAAUAGAUAAUAACAAUGUUGAUAAUAAUGAUAAUAUGGAUAUCAGCUUACCUAUUAGAAAGCAACCAAAUGGUUUAUCAACAAGUCCAGUUUUAAAACCAACUCCACCACCAAGCAGAAACUCAAUCGUCAUUUCCCCAGAUAAAGACUUAACAAAUUCAAAUUUUGAUACGGAAUAUGAAGAUAGUUUUGAUGCCCAAGGUUUUGAAAAUGCAUUAACUUCUGCACAGCCACAACAACAACCACAGCAAGCUCAACCAUCAAUUUUAGAUGAUAUGUCAAAUUAUUUAAGUGACGAUCAAAUGAAUGAAGAAUUCUUUAGAUCUUUAUCGGAUGAUAAAAGUAAUAAUGUUUAA